CGAUUUCCCCUUCUGCUUCUCCCCACCGGAGGAAGUGAAGGCACAUGACUGGCCGCGCGGGCGGCUGAUGUCAGAGUUUAGCGUUGUGCAAAGUUCAGAAGCUCGCGGGAUUAGUUGGACCAGUUAGCACAGCAAAGCGCAGAGCAGAGCUGCUCGCACAGCGGAACGUGAGACGUGUUCGGGCAGAUUUGACAUGGAAUAGCCGGAGGUAGAACCGUCUCCACUGGCCUUGGAGUGCGCCGCACACACACGCACAGUUGUUUGUGUGAGGCUACCUUCUCACAGGGGCCAUGGAGAGGAUAAAUAAGGAGACUGGAGAGCUGAGUGCAUCUGGAGAGGUGGAGACGCGCGAGGCCGCGCCGUCUGGUCACCAUGGAGACGCAGGCGUAAACACGAGCGCAGACGCAGACGCAGAGCUGGUGCAGACGGUGCGAGAGGGGCUCUCCCAGCUGCAGCAGAGGGCACAGCUACCUGCAGAGCAGUGGGAGCACCAGCUACUGGGGCUGCUGCCGCUCUACAUACAGGUGUCAGAGAGCAGUAGUGGGCUGGAUGAUGUAGAUCUGAGGACUCUGGCUUCUCAGGUUUGUGCCACUCUGGUCCACCACAUCCAGGACAGACUAAACCAGAGACCUGCAGAGGAAGCACGGCGGGAGCUGGCCCAGUUCUUCCAGAAGACGGAGAGCAGCGCUGGAGGCUGGCUGCUGCUGAAGGCCCUCUCACUGCUCUCUGCCCGACAGACUGCGGUGACUGCAGCAGUGAAGUGUGGCCUGCCAGCGGCACUGGUGAGGUGUCUUUAUGUGUUUGUGGCCGUACCCAGUAAUCAACAGCAGGGGGCAGACCAGCCAGGCCAGCCAGAUGCAGACGCAGACGCAGACACAGAUGCAGACGCAGAUGCAGACUUCCGCCAGCUGCUCAUUCAGGUGAUCCUGCAACACUGCAGACAGUUGAUUUUUGUGGAAGAGCUGGUGGAAGCUCAGGAGUUGCAGUGUGUCAUCAUCUCCAUGACAACGCUCUGGGACCAGUGCUCAUCGUCAUGGAGACGUCAGGCGUCACGUGUUCUCAGGGCCGUGUCUGCUGCUCAGGCGCGCAAUACCGUCCCUGUCCUGCAGGCUAAGAACUGCAUGCGGCUGUGCAUCCAGAACCUGAAGCGGAUCAGUGGGGCAGUUCCUGGGGUGGAGUCGUGCAUGAUUCCAGGGUCAGGAUUGGUUGAAGUGGCCUCGGAGGCGGGCCCCAAGAUUGUGCCAGGGUCGGUAUUGGCUGAAGUAGCCGUCAGUGUGUUCUGCUUCAUCAGAGACUCGUACCAGCUGAGCCCCGUCCUCUUCGAGGAGUUUGAGAGUAACGACGGCUAUGGGGUCCUGCAGGCCAUCUUGGAGCGGUGUGAGGAGGAGGUGUGUGUGGAGCGGUUCCAGCCGGUGGAGGACCUGCUGGGGCUGAUCUCCUCCUUGACUCUGUUUGGGCGCUCUGAACUCAAGGUGGCGCUGUGUGUCACCAACCCACAACCGCCCGGCUUCAAGUUCAUCCCCAGCCUUACCAAAGGUUCUGCGGUGAAGAACCUGCGUGCCUUCGGGCUGCUCCAGAGCUGUUUCCUGCGCUCCACCAGCGUUCUGCUCUGCGUCCAGGUUCUGCGGACCGUCCAGACCGUGUGGUCGUGGGACCGCGCCAACUUCUUCCUGCUGGAGUGGACGCUGGGCUCGCUGGCACAGAUGGCGGCGGUGGCCUGGCGCAAGCCCGCGCCCGUUCACCCGCUCUUCUGCGAGCUGCUGGAGACUGUAGUCCUACAGCUGGACUACAUCCCCCAUGAGGCCUUGCAGCAGCUGCAGGCGGUGUUCAAGCAGAGCCCCGGCGAGGCCUUCAAUGGCGCAGUACUGGCCUCCUUCCAGAAGAUGGCGCUGCGCUGUGGCCUGCUGGCUGAGGUGCUGAGUGAGGCGGGCAUGCUGGACCUGUUGCUGCUAGAGCUGCGCCGACACGCCAAAGUGCUCCGCAAACAGGGGAUGACAGGCAAUGAGCAGCAUGUGGAGGAGAGUGACAGAAGACUGACCACCAGCAUGCUGAAACUAGUGGCUGCUCUUGCCAUGAGGUCCAUCAGAAACACAGUAUGUAUUAGGGACAGGGGGAUGGUUCCGUAUGUGAAGGUGUUCCUAGAUGACGAGGAGUUCCGUGCUCCGGCGCUGAACAUUCUAGAACAGCUGGCCGAGGUCAACCCAGAGGAGUACAUGAGUUCUGUCAUCGGAGCCCUCUGUUCCUCCACACACACGGAACACACACUCAAAUUACACCUGCUGCAGUCGGUUCUAAAGGUUCUGGAGAGCCCCAGCAGCUGGCCGGCGUUCCGUGUGUCGGGGGGGUUCGAGGGGCUGCUGUCGCUCGUGUCCGAGCUGGCGGGGGCUUUGACCGACCCCGUGGGCGCCGCGUGGGCAUCUCUCGGUCGCCAUGGCGUCAGCGAGCUCGUCCUCCUGGCGCUGCACACCAUGGCGACGGCCGUGCACCUGGACCCGGUCAACGGCCACCUGCUGGAGAGCGAGGGGUACUACGUACGGCUCGCCCACGCCCUGCUCGCGCUCGGCUGCUUCCAGGAGCCGCCCGCGCACACACACACGCACACACACACCACACACACCUCGGAGUGCGCCCACUGGAGGAGUUUUCGGCAGUUGGUGGUGCUGACCGAGACGCCGUCGCCGCCGUUGCCCCCGACGCUGCUGGACUGCGUGCGGUUGCUAGGCUAUCUGGAGCAGUUCGCCACCGGCGUGAGCCUGGAGCCCCCGGAGGUCGUAGCCGAAGGUCAGAGGUCAACGGGUCAAAGGUCGACACAGCAGCCGGCUGAGGAGGAGGAGCCUCAGGGACGAGUUAGGGGCGUCGCCCUCAGUGUGUCAUCUGUCACCUCUGAUAUCAACAGCAGAUUUACGUGCGAUCAGACAAUCCUCCACCCUGCUGCCAUCAGACUCAUUAUCAUCCUGCUGCCCAGGGUCUACCACCACAGUGAUCCACAGCUGUCUCUGGAGGUCCAGUACGCGGUGGCAGAUCAUGUCCAGUUGUUGUUGCGUUCCGAGCGGAACCGUCAGAUCAUGUGUGAGGGGGGUCUGCUGUCGGUUCUGCUGACCAGCUGCCCCCACAUGCUGCUCACACCUGCUCAGCCCCUGCACCUGCCCGCCAUACGCAUCCUGGAGAAGCUCGCCUCACAGUCCAUCAGCCCCACCAACCUCAGGAGAUAUUUGUGUCUGGGGAAUCCCUUCCUGUGUUCUGAGAACAACGUUUUCCCACAGCCCGCUGCUGUUGCUAACGAUGAGCCCUGUUCUGAGGAGAACGGUGUGAAGAAGAAUGUGAGGAAGCUGAAGAAAAGCUUCAGCCUGUUAAGCUCCUCCCCUCAGUCUGGCUCCGCCCUGCCCCUCCACCAGAUCAUCAGUCUUGUUUCCAUGACGUCACCACGGAGCUUUCGGCCACAGAAGUUGUCUGCCACGCCCUCUUUUGUGGAGUUUGACAUGAGCGAAAGUGGAUAUGGAUGUCUGUUUUUGCCAUCUCUGGCCACAGUGAAGGGUGUGAGCUCCGAUGGCAUUUCGACUGGUGGAGUGGGCAAGGACUGUCGUGGGUUUCCCCCGGCGGCGGGCCUGACGUUCUCCUGCUGGUUCCUGGUGAGUCGGUUCAGUGCGGCGUGUGACUCGCACCCUCUGCGGCUGCUGACGGUGGUCAGGCACAUGUCCAGGGCCCCGCAGAGCUACGUCUGUCUGGCCGCCUCCAUCGCCGCCGCCGACGGAUCGCUCAUCAUCUCCACCGACGAGGAGCCUUACCAGGACCUGGACAUUAUGGAGCCUGAGGUGGGAACCCCUCUUCCCUCCACUGUGCGCUUCAAGUGUUCACAGCAGUUAAGCCCCGCCCAGUGGCAUCAGCUGACCCUGGUGCUGGCCAAGGACAUCAAGCGCAGCUGCAAGGUUACCGCCUACCUCAACGCCAAGGUCAUCGGGUCCGCUAAGAUGCAGUACAUCAAGCCGUUUCCGGGCCAAUGCGCCUCCAUGGACCCCACGGCUGUGAUCGAUGUGUGCGGCAUCAUCGGCACGCCGUCGCUAUGGAAACAGCACGCGGCGCUUGUGUGGCGGGUGGGCCCCAGCUUCCUGUUUGAGGAGCCGCUGGGCCCCGAUGCCGUGGAGACCGUUUACAGCCAGGGCACCUGUUACCUAGGCAACUAUCUCGCCCUGACCCCCCAAGAUGGGAGCUCCAGUGAGGGGCAGGCGUUGGGCCGUUUGGUCCCAGAGGAGAGGAUCUCUUUUGGGAUAAACCCGGCGGUGUUCUCCCUCACCACGGUGGCUCAGAUACGGGACGACUACAACGAGGUGGACUGCAGGCUCAUCGCCAAAGAGAUGGGCAUCGCCUCUCGUGAUAACACCACUCCAGUCCUCCUGUGCAGAAAUAUCAGCCAGCAUCUGGCCGGCACCAGCAGAGCCAUUGGGGCUGCACUGGUGGGGCGGUUCGGUGUAAGGACCUUCCUGCCCAACAGCGCCGCUCGCAGCUUCCAGUACAUCGGCGGCCCAGCAGUCAUCCUGAGUCUCAUCGCCAUGGCUACGGAUGACAGCUCUUUGUACGCGGCGGUGAAGGUGUGUGUGUCCGUUCUCAGCACCAACACGUGCAUGGAGCAGGAUAUGAGGCGGAUGCAGGGGUACAAGCUCCUAGCGUUCCUGCUGAAGAUGAAGGCUCCGCUGAUCAGCAGUAGAACGUUCCAGCUGGUGUUGUCUCUGACUGGAACUGUGGAACUGGGCUCAGGUUCUGGGCUUGUGUACAACCUUCCAGCCUUCCAGCAACUGCUCUGUGAUGCUGAGAUGUGGCAGAAGGCUCCUGAGAACCUGGAUCUGUCCGUGCUAAACCACUUCACUGAUAUCCUAAAGGCAUCUAGUGAGAGCGCUGAGCUGAUGCACAGGUUGGAUAUGGUGGAUAAGCUGCUGUUCCAGCUGCAUGAGCCUGCGUGUUCCGUCCGCAAAGUCCAGCUGGUCACCAGCGUCCUCUCUCUACAGCUGCAGGGGCACCUCAACCACAGAGAUGUCAGCAGAAUUGGGCUGUUUGUGGUUUCCACACUACUUCCUCCCACCAUUGAUGAGAAUGUCCUUUUAUCAGCUGUGGAGUUUAAUGAGCAAGGUCUGACUCAUUCUCCAGUGCGGAUGCUCUGGGUGCGUAACCAGCUGCUAGAGCUCAUCAUCUCUCUACUGAGCCCUGACACCGUCCUCACUCAGCAAGGGCAGCUGCAGGUGUAUGAGGCGCUGGGUGUGGACUGGUUCUUCAUGCUGCUACAGUCUCACCUCCACAAGAGCUCCGUCCUCCUGGGGGUCCAGCUUCUCUCUCUCCUCCUCACACACACUCACACACACACACACGCACAGCUCAUCUCAAGUCUCAGGGACACACACACACCGGGAACACUGCUGAAACACACUGUGGAGCCUUCCGCCAGCAUUGAUAACCUGCGUGUCCAGGUGUGGUCCAAAGGGGGCGUGAGCACCACCUAUGGGGGGUUUGAGGUACUGCAGAAACUUCUGGAAUCUCAGGUGCACCUGCCCAACGUCUACGCCACUCUCGCCGCUCUGCUUCUCAACACACAGCCUCCUCACACACCUGCAGGACAGGUUGAUCUGGAUAGUAUUCUACAGGGGUUGCUUGAUUCUUCCACAAACACAUCGCACACUUCUCCUCCGACCACUGACACACCCCAGACAGGACACACACCCCAGACAGCACACACACCUCAGACACAGCUGUGUGUGGAAGCAGCCUGCAUCCUGGUGGAACUGGUCAGGGUGAUCAUCACUCAGAGGCCGGUUGCAGGAAGUGAUGCGUGGCCUGAAACAGGAAGUGAUGUAUGGCAGGUGCAGUACCCCGGCAGUGUGAUGCAGUUCCUGUGUCUGGUGCACAGUGUCCGCCCCCGUGACCCGCUGUGGACGCGACCGGACUUCCUGUCGGCUCUCGCCAGGGCCUUGUUCCCUCCCAGCACAGAGGGUAACGCUGAGGCCCCGCCUCCUCACCCAGCCAGGAAGCAGGUGUGUGACUUCAGCCGAAUCCUGCUGCUGGACAGUCUCAUGCACAUACCUGCCAGCGACACACACACGCACCACCCACUGGAGCAGCUGCUGGAGUUCUCUCCUGAGGGAGUGUGUGAGGAUCAGAAGCAGGUCUUUCAGACAGAGUUGCUGCUCUCCCUCAUUGAGCUCAUCCACAUUACAGGACAAGAGGAUACACACCUCUCCAGGGAUGACUCCCCCUCAGGUGGUUCUAGUCAGGCGGUUCUGCUGGAGAACGUAGUGGUGUUCUGUGCUGCUCUGGUGGAGAAGCUCUACACUGGCCUCUUGAACACAGACGCAGAGACCCUCCUCGUCUUCAUCGCAGAGCAGGUGGUCCUGGCGAUGGAGAAGUCCCAGAUUAAUCGGGAAAGAACUGUGAGCGCCCUCUACAAGAGCCUGAACCGCUCCCUGCUCUACUUCUUGUGCGGCCCACGCAUCACUUCCUGUGAGCAGCAGCGUGUCGUGCGUACGCUGCGCACCAUGGAGCAACAGUGGGAUGUUGUCAUGGCAACGUACAACAACAACGUCCACUUCACCUCAUGCCUGCUGCACUGCCUCCUGCUGGUCAGGAGUGGAAGCUACCCAGAGGGCUUUGGGUGCGAGGGAUUCAGGAGGCCCCUCCCACUCCCUGACCAAAGCACAGAGGCCACGCCCCCAUGCCAAGAGACACACCCCUCUGAAGUGGAGUCAGAGCUGAUGUGUGUUGUUGAGAGUGUAUGGGUUAGGGUGCUCCAGGAGAGGAGGUCCAUUCUGGAGGAGGCGUUUAAGCUCGACCUAUCAGCUAAAGGGGGGCGGGACCAACCCGUCGCCAUGGGAGACGUCAGCCCACUGUGGGAGGAGACAGCGCAGAAAGCCUGGACGACUUUCAUUGAUGCUCAGAAGAAGCGUCUUGAGAGCGCCCCCUCCAGGAGGUCCAUGAUAACUGCAGCAGUGCGCGCCGUCUACAGACGCAACGACAAGGAGGCUAGCGGUAGUGUGGAGGACUUCUUGAAUGGUAUGGAGGCCUUCAGAAAGACUGCUCAGGAGAUGUUUGAUUGCCUCCUCAGUAACCACACACAGGCUCAGCAGUGCCAGGGUGAGCGAGUGGAGGCGAUGUGGGAGCAGCAGGAGGCGGAGCUUCUGCGUGAGAGGGGCGUGUUCGGGCCGGCGGCGGGGGUGUGGCUACAGCAGCGCUGGGUGCAGGACGCUACGGAAGGACCCGGAAGAACACGCGCGCGCGUACGCCGCAGAGCCCUGCGCAGGAGCAGGAAGAUGCAGGUGUUGACCUCGAGUGUUUGUGUGAAGAGCAACCCAGUAGAGGAGAGUCGUGGCGUGACUGAGAACUGGGACACUGAUCCAGAGCUCCGUAUCCUGUGUGAGGCGGGCCGUGAGGCGGAGGAGGCGGGGCUAGACUGUGAUCAGCUGACCUUCUUCCCCGAGCUGAGUGAACCCCUGACCUCAAACACCGACACACACGCCUGCACUGAAACACACAUCAUCCUGCAGGAGCUCAGAGAUCAAGAGGAGGUGAAGGCUAAGAUGAGUGUGGUUCAGGUGAACGGAUACCAGGUGUGUGAGUGUGUGUUGCUGUUUGGGAAGGCGGAUCUGUACCUGUGUGAAGGCUUCAACCUCACCCCCUCAGGAGACGUGUGCUGCACCAACCACCAACCGUCCAGUAUCCGAGACUCCUACCUCAGUAGCAUGUUUAAGAAGGAGAAGGUCUCUACAGUACAGAGCUGCAAGCGCUGGCCCUACGAUGACAUCAAAGAUGCACACUUCAUGCGCUACCUACUGGAGGAUAAUGCUCUGGAGAUCUUCCUGAGGAAUGGCUCCUCUGUGUUCCUGGUUUUUCCCAACAAGGAACACAUCUCUGCUUACAAGAGAUUGAGUUCAGUCACUCCAGCUCUAAAGGGAAAAGGGAUGGAAGCUGUGUUUAAUAUGAGGAGGUCUGGCGGGGUGGAGAAAAGUGUUCUCCUCAGGUGGCAGAAAGGGGAGAUGAGUAACUUUGAGUACCUGAUGCAUCUCAACACCCUGGCUGGACGCACAUAUAACGACCUGAUGCAGUAUCCCAUCUUCCCCUGGGUCUUGGCAGACUACCACUCUCAGACUCUGGACCUAUCAGAGGCGGCGACCUUCAGAGAUCUGUCUAAGCCAAUGGGAGCCCAGACGGAGCGGCGGAGGGACAAUUUCAUCCAGAGAUACAACGAGGUGGACACCACAGAGGGUGAUCUGGCGGUUCAGUGUCACUACUGCACACACUACUCCUCUGCCAUCAUCGUGGCCUCCUUCCUCGUCAGAAUGGAGCCCUUCUCACACACAUUCCUCACACUGCAGGGCGGUUCCUUUGACGUUCCAGAGCGGAUGUUCCACAGGGUCCAGAGUGAGUGGGAGUCGGCCUCGCGGGACAACAUGAGUGACGUCCGAGAACUCAUCCCCGAGUUCUACUACCUCCCAGACUUCCUCAUCAACACCAACAACCUGCAGUUCGGGUGUAUGCAGGAUGGUACAUCUCUGGGGGAUGUGGUUUUGCCACCAUGGGCCAAAGGAGAUCCGCAGGAGUUUAUAAGAAUUCACCGAGAGGCCCUGGAGUGUGAGUAUGUGAGUGCACACCUGCACCUGUGGGUGGACCUGAUCUUCGGCGUGCGGCAGCACGGCCCGGCGGCGCUGGAGUCGCUCAACUGCUUCCACCCGUACUUCUACCCCCACCACCUGGACCCCGCGCUGCUGAGCGACCCCCUGCAGCGGAGCACCGUCCUGGGCUACAUCAACAACUUCGGACAGGUCCCCAAACAGCUCUUUACUAAGCCACAUCCAAGUCGUUUUGCACAGAAGAAGGACACACCCCCCUCGAGCACAAUCAUGCCCUUCUACCUGCAGUUGGACAAAAUCAAGCCCUCAGCCACGCCCAUCAAAGAGCUCCAGCAGGGUCCUGUAGGUCAAGUGGUGUGUAUGGAUCGGGACGUCUUGGUUCUGGAGGGAAACCGCCUCUUCGUCCCUCCCCUCGGUCACGUCUUCUUCAGCUGGGGUUCCUAUGACAACAGCUGUGCCUUUGGCAACUACGCUACAGACAAGACGUUUGCGAUGUGUGAGAGUGUGUGUAACUGGGGAGAGACGCUGUGUGCAGUGUGUCCCAAUGCCACCACCAUCAUCACGGGGGGAACCAGCAGUGUGGUGUGUGUGUGGGAUGUUCUACUCAACAAGGACAAACUCACACACAUGAGGCUCAAGCAGCCUCUGUACGGACACACAGACGCGGUGACGUGUGUGGUGGCGUCGGAGGCUCACGGUCUGAUCGUGAGCGGCUCUCGAGACCACACCUGCAUCCUGUGGGACCUGGAGGAGCUCAGCUACAUCACCCAGCUAGCAGGCCACGCCCAGAGUGUGUGUGCACUCGCCAUCAACACACACACGGGGGAGAUCGUGUCCUGUGCAGGCACACACCUCUACCUCUGGUCGGUUCGGGGGCAGCUGCUGUCGUCCCUGGAGACGGGGGCAGGGCCGGAGGGGCGGAGCCUAUGCUGCCUGUUCACCCAGCGCAACGAAUGGGAUCCCCACCACGCCAUCGUAACCGGGGGCAACGACGGCAUCAUCAGGAUCUGGCGGACGGAAUACUCAUGCACGCAAUUACCCACAAUCCCGCAGGGCUCCACCGACCACCACGAGCCUCAAGGGGGUCUUCAGGACGAUGCCGGUGUGUGUGUGUGUCCAGGGAGUGUGUCGUGGGAGCGCCACCUGGUGUUGUGUAGCGAGCUGAACCGGAGUCAGGUGGUGUCACGGCGACGCUACCGGACCAAUCCGGCCGUCACCGCCCUCGCCGUGUCCAGGACAAACGGGACACUGCUGGUGGGAGAUGCAUGGGGAAGAGUAUUCAGCUGGACCUGUGAGGUCUAGGACACACACACACACACAUACACACAAACACACACACACACACACACACACAUACACACAAACACACACACACACACACACACACACACACACACACACACACACAAACAAACACACACACACACUCACGUACUCACUCUCACACACACACACACACACACACACACACAGACACACUCUCUCAGACCAAACAUGCUGGCCAAUGCAAAAAACACACUCACCCAAACAUGCACAUAGACACACAUGUACAGAAACAAACACACACACACACACACACACACACACACACACACACACACACACACACACAGCAGGGUUUUCCCCAGCGUGCCAUGCGCUGUCUGCUGGCUCUAUUUUAGUCCUCCUCUGACCUCAAUGCUGAAAGCUAAAUUACCUAGACACACACACACACACACACACACACACAGUCUCACAGAAUGCCCAUUUGAGCCUGUUGGACAUACACACACACGCACACACACACACACAGACAUACACACACAGAAUGCCCACAUCCGACUGUUUUCAAAUACACACACAUAGAAACAGCCCCACACACACACACACUCCCAAAGGCAAUAUGAGUCUUUGGUAUGAUGUGGCACACACACACACACACGCACGUAUGGGUGAUCUCAGGAAACGUUGGCAAAAAAAGAGGAAGUGUUGGCAAACUGAAGAUGGUACAGGCCACACCUACGUGCAUUCCAGACCCAAUGCAUGAUGGGAAGGGUCUGGAGUUGUGCUUAGCCUUAAACACACACACACACGCACACACACACGCACACACACACACACACACACACACACACAGAAAGAUGCUGUACUGACAAGUUUGAUAUGUUUGCUUUAGAGUGCGGUCACUCUAUGUGCAUUGCUGUUAUUUUUAUUUUAUGUGUGUGUGUUUGUGUGUGUGUGUGUGUGUGUGUGUGAGUGUUUGAGAGAGAAUUUAACUUUCUGCCCUCUGAUUCUGUAUCUGUUUGUUCAUGAUCAAAUUCAUAUUUUGAACUAAGACAUAACUAACUUAAUAAAGAACAAAUGUUUACUC